AGCUCUAGAGCAACGGAGCCGAAGCGCAUAAACACCAGAUGAAAAAAUAUUUAUGCGAGCAUCGUUUGUUUUGGUAAUUGCCUGUCUCCCGUGGUCAGCUGCAUUUCGUGUUUACGAGGAUCGAGCGGCCGUACGUAAACGUACCGGACCAACGAGCCGUUUUCCCAACGUUUCUCCUGUGAAAUACCUUCCCGUUACCGACGGUAGAAACGUCCGUGCAUUCCGCAGCAAAUCGCCCGUGCACCAGCGAGAUCGUGCCGUUUCCAGCGUCGAACGCAAAAAGACACCGUGCAGUCGAGCGAACAGGUGCGCUGUCCAAGAUGGCCUUUUUACAGAAACGAGGACACCACGCGUUUCACCGUGUGUUCCGUAAAUGCUACGGUAACGAGACCGCUGCUGCAAGUUUUCUGGUAACGUAUAUACGAGUGACCGACCGACCACGUUCGUGCAGCACCCCAAAGGAAAUCCGUCGAUGCCAUAAAGAAAUUUCAUGCGUGUGUCUACGUCAGGAACGAUUAGUUGCAGAUAAAGAAAGAGAGAAAUGGAGAGAGAGAGAGAGAGAGAGCCGGCUCUCGCGGGAACGUAUCGUCACGGAACAGAAAGUUGCCGUUCCUUUCCAGCCACGAUCGACCGUAUUAUCAGAAAAUAAAUAAUGUUGCGCACGCUCGUUGAGGGCGGGUUGACGUUCGUAGUACGCGGCUAGUCGGACGGGCGGUUAGGGUAAAUUGGGUGGUUGGGGUGGUUCGAGCGUUCGGGUGGCGCUCACUCGGCCAGCAGGAAUCGCGAAGGAGAUUCAGUGGCGUCUAGGCAGCGACCGGGGUGCAAUCUGUUCGCGUCUCGCUCGCGCGUCGCCGUUCCACGUUGCCCGAAACGCUCGGCCGCUCGCAGCAUCGACCGAAGAUCGUUCGCCGCUGCUCCCUCGGAGGAACGACGGACACGGCAGACCGGAGCGUAAAAAACGGGGCGGACCUUCGAUAGCGAUCGAAGCUGCGUCGAAAGUACCUACCGCGGGGGUCUAAGGAAAAAUCGAGUUAACGUCGAGGAAUCGAGUCCAAUCAACCGAGGUGGAGAAGCGAGGCAGAAUCUUGGCCGUAAAAAAAAAGAAGGGAAAAUAGAGGUGGACGAUAUUAGAUUUGUAGACGAGAUUGGUUAUCUAAUUCGACUAUCCCGGCCGGCAGCGGAUCGAGCGGGCUGUCGAUUCCGACGGUAGCAGGUUUCGACGGGAUUCAGGUGCGCGGCCGCUAAUGCCUUCUUGAAUCGAUCGGUUCGCGAUCGCGGUCCUGUUCGCGUUCGCGUGUCUGCGCUUCGAAUCGUAGCCGAGGGAACAGAGUAACGAAAGAACCAGCGGGCCGACGAGCGAACUGUAGCCAGCGACGAUGGCCGAUCUCGAGAGGAUCAGGUUGGUGGUGCUGGGUGGUGCCGGGGUCGGCAAAAGCUCGAUCAUACGUCGCCUGCUCGGCCAAGGAUUCUGCGAAAGGUACAGACCCACUGUCGAGGACCUCUACUCGAGGGAAUGCGCGCUGGGCACGCUCACGUUGAAGGUGGAUCUCUUGGACACGGCGGGCGACCUCCAGUUUCCGGCCAUGAGGAGGCUCAGCAUAGCCACCGCACACGCGUUCCUGCUGGUCUACGCCACAACCUCGAAGCCCAGUUUCGAAUGCGUUAAACAGUGUUUCGAAGAAGUCAGGGAACAACGAUCCGAUUAUCAGGAAGUGCCGAUAGUCAUCGCCGGAAACAAGCAGGAUCUGGCAACCACGCGUAGAGAAGUAUCUAUCGAGGACGUGAGCGAAUGGGUGUUCUGCAAGUUGCCGAAGCUCCGAGCGAAGGUGAUGGAAUGCUCCGCCAAGGAGGACUACAAUAUCAAGGACGUUUUCCGCUGUUUCAUCACGCUGUCGAAAAUCGUGCCGAAGAGCCUUCCCGGUGAAACGGACGAGUCGGGCCUCAGACGAAGAUGUUCCGCUUACGGAUCGCGCAGGUCCGGCAGUCCACACGGUAAAACGGCGGUCACCGGCGGGCCGGGAGGGAAUUCUCAUCAAACGGUCGCGCCGCAAUCUUCGACGGUCGCCGGCAACGAGGAAGUCGUCAAGAGCAAACCGCGCAGCCGUAGCUUGAUCAGGCGCGCCUCGCGAAAGACGAAGCAACAGAUCAGGGACACCCAUACCGAUGACUGCAACAUCUCCUAACUCGAUCGUUUUGCCAGCCAGCCCCCUCUUCUCCGCACGCUCCCGCGUACUCACGUUCAACGACUGUAGCAUAUUUCGGCCGGAUGUUGACCCCAUUCCGUCGUAGAGAUGUGACUAUUGCUUAUCGAUAUUGCAUCGAUAUCUUAUUGGUACUUAACGACGUAUCGGUGAUAUCGUUAAAGUAUCGUUAAGGGAAAUCGAGAGACUGAUCGUACGGUUUUAUCACGACGAGUACUUUACAUGUUGUAAAUUGUUAUAUUACAAACAGAAAUAAUGUGCACAUUUUAAUCGGUCCACGCUGUUUUAGGAGAAGCUGAUUGAACGAAUUAAUUGAACGAAAUUAGCCUGAAUCCUGGAAGCAUUCCCAGAUUGUUAAUAUUUGUGCUAGUGAUCUUAGUCCUUAGUCUAAGAUUGUUAGAUCUUGAACUUUAUUAGCUGCGUUAAUAAAUAUAAACGAAAAUAAAAUCGUUUGCAAAGGGUGCAGAUUAUGGUUAACAUUUACAAAUAUUCUGUUUGCGAUCAGUAUAAAUAGAAGUAAAGACAUUUGUUUGAAUAAUAUUAUAUUAUAUUAUAUUAUAUUAUAUUAUAUU